AUGUCUACUACAGAAGAACAAGCAUCGAGUUCAACAAGUGAUGUUGAUAAACCACCAAAAAUAUCUAAAAAUCAACAACGAAAACAAAAACGUUAUGCAUUAUUACUUGAACGACGUAAAUUAAAACGAAAAGAAGAAAAAGUUAAACAAAAACAACGUCGUCUUGAGAAAUUAAAACAAUCUGAAGAUCAAUCUCUUCUUACUCGUCAUGGUCUUAAAUCUAAUCGUAUGGAAAAUUCUUCAUGUCAUAUUCGAAUUUGUAUUGAUUGUCGAUAUGAUUCAAUGAUGAAUGAUAAAGAUAUAAGUAGUUUACAAAAACAAAUUGCUUUUUGUUAUUCAGCAAAUCGUCGUUCAUCAACACCAUGUCAAUUCUAUAUAACAAAUAUUAAUGGUCAAUUAGAAAAACGUCUUGAAACAAAUUGUGCAAAAAAUUGGGAUAUUUAUUUACGAAAUGAACCAUUAGAAAACGUAUUUCCUCAUGAUGAUAUACUUUAUUUAACAAGUGAAUCAGAAAAUGUUUUAAGUAGUACAGAACCACUUGAUGAACGAACUGUUUAUGUUAUUGGUGGAAUUGUUGAUCAUAAUGCUCGAAAAGGUUUAUGUUAUCAAUUAGCUUUGGCAAAUAAAUGGCGACAUGCACGUUUACCAAUUGAUGAAUUUAUUAAAUUAAAUACACGUCGUGUACUUGCUUGUAAUCAUGUUAUGGAAAUACUUUUAAAUUAUAUUCAAUUAGGAGAUUGGAAAAAAGCUUUUGAACAGAAUAUACCAAAAAGAAAACAAAAAGUAAUAAUAGAUAGUGACGAUGAUAUACCAAAAACUGUUUCACCUAAUCAUCCAGAAGACCCAAAACCAUGUGCUGAAGUUCAUGAACGACGAGGAGAAGUUAUUGAAGCAGAAACUCCUCCACCUAUUGAUUUAUAA